AUGCCUACUCUCUCCACUUUUCUUUCGGUAUCAUUGCCUGUUAUUCUGGCUGCUCUGAUCUAUCCGCUUGGCUUACCGGCUUUCAUCAGCGAACACGUACCGUCCACGCUACUCCCGAAUUUGUUCGUACCCACACACUGCUACAAGAACAUCAGGACACUAUCGUCGAAACUUCCGCGUGCAGAAUGCUUCACCAUCACUGACGGCAAAUUUUCGAGUGUCUUUGUAGACGAGGCAUCCCAUGAUGUGGUCAAGGAGGCACGUACUGGGUAUGUGUAUCCCGGUCUGUGGGAUGGGCACGGCCACUUGAUUCAAUUUGGAGAGUCUCUGGAUUCCGUGAGUCUUUUUGGUGCCGAAUCGAUGGACGAGGUAAAGAAAAGAUUGGUAGAGUAUAAGGCAGUCCGCCCAGAGAAGGGAUCGGGUGAACAGUGGCUGAGAGGUGUGGGUUGGGAUCAAGCUCAUUUCGAGGGAAGGUGGCCAACCGCAGCAGAUCUUGAGAUAGACGACGGCUUCAAAGAUCUUUUUGUCAUGCUGGAUCGUGUUGAUGUACAUUGCAUUUGGGUAUCCGAGAAGGUGCUCGAACUUCUCCCGUCGUUCAGCGUACCUCCCGGAGGCGAUGUUCCAGCUAAGGGUGUCUUCUGCGACAAUGCAAUGGAUAUCGUACUGGAGUACUACCCGAAGCCCAGCAAAGCGCGCAAAACUGAGUUUAUCAAGACCGCAAUGUCUGACUUGAACAAGUACGGUAUUGUUGGGAUCCAUGACGCCGGCGUAGUGCCAGGAGAUUUGGAGCUCUAUGAGGAGCUUGCGAACGAUCCGGACUGGACCGUCAGAGUUAACGCCAUGAUUGAGUGCAAUGUGCGGAACACAUUUUGUCCCGAAACGGUCAAGAAGGUUUCAACCCCGAAUGGAAAAUUCCAUGUGAGAAGCGUCAAGCUAUUCGGAGAUGGAGCUUUGGGUUCUUGGGGCUCAGCUAUGAUCGAGCCGUACAGCGAUUUGCCGGAGUCCUCCGGCUCGUUACUCGUCAACGCUACCAUGCUAUCACGUGUGACACAUGAUUGGGCUGUAAAGGCAGGUUAUCAAGUGAAUAUCCAUGCUAUUGGAGACCUUGCUAAUAGGCUUGCGGUUGACGCGUUUGAAGCAGCCCUCAAAAGCUUAUGCCCCCACACUAAACCCCGCGACUGUCAAGCUAAACAUCGUUUCCGCAUCGAACACGCCCAAAUAAUCCAUCCAGAUGACCAGCGUCGGAUGCUAGAGCUUGGCAUCAUUGCGUCAAUACAGCCCACGCACGCGACCUCGGAUAUGGGAUAUGCGGAGAGUAGGCUCGGCCAACAACGGACAAAAGAUGAGGCUUACAGAAUGCGGUCGCUGUUACCAGUUCGUCCAGUCCUCGGAAGCGACUUUCCAGUCGAGCCUGCGAGCAUCUUCGAAGGAAUGUACGCGGCGAUUACACGACGCAGUCCACAUACAGGCCUGGAUCCCAGCGGUGGCAAGACUGGCUGGUACCCUGAGGAAAGCCUCACUUUCGAACAAGCCCUGGAGGGUUUCACGGUGAAUGCUGCGUACGGUGCGUUCCUAGAAGGCAAAGCUGGUGUCAUCGAAGCAGGGGCGUAUGCGGACUGGAUUGUUCUUGACGAGCAACUAGAAUCUAUGGAUCCGGAGUCAUUACGGAAGGUAACAGUAAAGGAGACAUGGGUGGGCGGCAAGCGAGUCUAUUGA